AACCUCUCUUCCCCCACCCCCUCCUUACCUUCUCCCUUUGUCUUGGUAUCCCUGAGAAGAAAAGAAGCAACGCUCUUCUUCCCCAGAACCCCCCAAGGAAGAGCUAUUAAGUUGUUCAAUUUCCACUUGGAGAUGGGUCUUGAGCGCUUGCAAGUAGAGCACCAAGAUAUGGAGGCCAUCUCUGAAGAAAUAAAUGAUCAUGAGAAUGAAGCGCAGGGAGUAUCAGGGAGCUUGCAAGAUCCUUCUCAUAUCGAGCGAACACGAGGGCAUGAGUCUAGAGACAGCAAAGAAAAUAGCAUUGAGGCUGCAUAUGCCGCAUGGAUGAUGAAGCAUCCUUCAGCUCUCAAUAGAUUUGACCAAAUAAUGAGCACAGUAACAAAGAAAAAAACUGUAGUUUUUCUCGAUUAUGACGGGACUCUGUCACCAAUAGUCGAUGAUCCCAAUCGUGCCUUCAUGUCUGAUUCAAUGCGCUCUAUACUAAAUGAAGUUGCACAAUAUUUUCCAACUUGCAUCAUCAGCGGACGACGUAGAGAUAAGGUUUAUCAAUUUGUACGCUUGAGUAAUGUCUACUAUGUGGGGAGUCAUGGAAUGGAUAUAAUGGCACCAAACAAAUCCUUGAAUGAUGUGAAUAUUACUUUUCAUGAGAAAGCUAUCGAUGAAAAGGGAAAUGAAGUAAUUCUCUACCAACCAGCUCAAAAGUAUUUGCCCCAAAAUUGAAAAGAUAUUUAAAGAGUUGGAGGAGAAAACAAAGAAAAUACAGGGGUGCCAUGAUAGAGAAUAAUAAAUUUUGUAUCAGCGUACACUUUCGACGAGUUAAUAAAGAGAAUUGGAGUGUGCUUGAGGAGCAAGUCAAGGCAAUAACCAAGAAAUAUCCAGACUUUCACAUUACAAGAGGUAGAAAGGUUGUUGAGAUACGCCGUGUAUAGAAUGGGAUAAAGGCAAAGCUCUCGAAUAUUUAACUUGAUAAUCUAGGAUUUGGAUGUAAUGGCACCGCUUUUCCAUUGUAUUUGGGAGAUGAUCCAAACCGAUGAAGAUGCUUUUAAA